AUGUUCGUAUCAAACAUAUCGGACGGUGUUAACAAAGAGACAAUAAGGAAGACAUUCAUCAAAUAUGGAGAGCUAACGGACGUUUACAUGGCAACAAAAAGAGAUUCAAAAAAGAAGAAUUUUGCCUUCAUCGGAUUCAGAAAGGUAAGCAAGGAAUGGGAAUUGGAAGCGGCAUUACAAUCAAUCAAAUGUGCGGGAUAUCUACUGGAAGUUAAUAUCACGAGGUUUGAAAGAAAGGUGACGACUAAGCUAAUUAAAGGUUGGAUGAAAAAACCCCAGAAUGGUCAUAGACAUGCGGGUCAGUCAUUUUGUGAUGGUAGAUCAUUUAUGGAAGCUACGACUGGGAGACCCCAUCAACCGCCACCACCACCACCACCUCCACCCCGUCCCCCCUUUCCAAAAAAAACGAUGACACUAAUAGAAGGAUCAACAAUGGCAGAAUGGAUCCACAACCCCUUAAAUCUGAAUGAGGAAACCUUUUCCAGAAUCGCCGGUGAAUUCAGUAAGGUGUUAGAACCAGUGGAGAUCCUUCCAAGCACUCAAGAUCUGUCCCUUGGAAACAUAUAUGUCUUAACUAGGAAGAAUUUAAGGAUUAAUGAGGAGAUUCCAAUGGAAAUUAAUCGCAACAUCUUCAAUGUUAAGGUAAUGGAAAUAGAUUUUGAUUGGUCCCCAUUCCCAUCAAGACCUUAUGACAUAAGUAAAAUCGUUGAGCAAGAUGAAGCGAUGGCCACGAGUGAUUUCGUUGACAUAAUGAUGAACCUGGAGGAAAAAACUUUGGAAGAAGGUGAAAUCCAAGAUGAAGUCACUGGAGAAUUUUCCGUACCGGUAACGAUGGAAAGGCAUGCAGAAUUCGAACAGGUUGAAGUUGAGGAAUCGAUAGGAAUCCAAAAGCCACAGUGUGACAUUCAAGUUCCGCUGUCAUUUGAAAAUAACCAGGUCAUUGAUGUGGAGACGAUUAAUGAUGAAUACAAUCACAAGGCGUACCCAAACACUAGAAAUCUAUCCAACUUAAUAAACAAGGUGAACGGUCAUUAUAGGUCGAUUGGAAAAUUAGCAACUAUGGGUUGCUUUGGGCCUUUUCCCUCAAGUGAGGGUAUCACCUCGCCUAUUGGGCCAUCCCUGCCUUUGGAUCCCCUAAAUGCCCAAAACGUGAGGUCCAAGUAUGAAGCAGGCAAUACAAUUGAAAAACGGCGUAGAAUAAUCAGGACCUCAUAUUCCCCUGAUUUUGCAUCGCCAAUUAACGAGACAAGGAAAACAGUGGAGAUAGGUCAAAUCCUUGGAUUUAAGAUCGAUAAUGAAGACCCCAUUCUCAUAGAGGUUAUGGAAGAAGCCGGCGAUAUCCAUAUUCCCUAA